UCUAAAGUUGGCGCGCGCGCGCCGCGCAGCCGGCGCAGCACAAGCACAACAGAGAAGGAAGGAAAGGACAUGACACGAGCCGCGACCGGCGGCUAUAGCGGUAUAGAGUAUAGCCGGCUCGUCCAAUCACGUCGCGACAGCACUAAAGAGCUCGCGAGCGCGACUAUGUGCGUGUACAUUCGUAGUCCGAGUCCGUGAACUGGUGUGUGCGGAGCAGAGGAGAGCUAAGGCCACGUCUUCACGCGCCACCGCCGCUGCCGGCACUCUUGGUUAGGAGCAAUAGGAGCUCACUCGCGCAGUCUACGAUCUACAAGCAGAGAAAAAACACUUUCCACUCCGUUAUCCUCCGCCUUUCCGGAGUCGCAAACAUGGUAGGCAAGUACCUGGCGCUCUUCGGCCUCGCGCUCGUCGCGAGCACCGGCACCUGGGCCGCCGAGGAGGACGUCUUCGAAUGGGGCGACGGCGACUUUGCCGAGGAGCUCCGGCGCCAUGAUAACACGCUCGUCAUGUUCUACGCGCCCUGGUGCGGACACUGCAAACGCCUGAAGCCCGAGUACGCCAAGGCCGCCGAACUGCUGAGGGGCAGCGAUCCGCCCAUCACCCUGGCCAAGGUCGACUGUACGGAAGCUGGCAAGGACACGUGCAACAAGUACUCCGUCAGUGGCUACCCGACUCUCAAGAUCUUCGCCAAAGACGAGCUGGUCAACGACUACAAUGGACCAAGGGAGGCUGCCGGUAUUGCCAAGUACAUGAGGGGUCAAGUUGGACCAGCCUCGAAGGAGCUCAAGACUCUUGCUGCCUUCGAAGAAUUCUUGAACAGCGAUGAAAUCAGCGUUGUUGGAUUCUUCGAGAAGGAUGACUCCCCGCUGUCUGCUGCCUUCCACAACGUUGCUAAGAAGCUCAGAGAGAAGGUCAGAUUUGGACACACUAUCGCCAAGGAAGUUCUUGAAAAGGAAGGACUCGAGAACAACAUCGUCAUUUUCCGGCCUAAAGUUCUACAAAAUAAAUUUGAGCCUAGCAAACAGGUUUACGAAGGCGGAGAUUCCAUCUCGGAAGUCAGCGCGUUCAUCAAACAAAACUACUACGGUCUCGUUGGCGUUCGUACGCGUGACAACGCUGGCGAGUUCAAGAACCCCCUGAUCGUCGCCUACUACGCCGUUGACUAUGUUAAGAAUCCAAAGGGCACCAACUACUGGCGCAACCGCAUCAUGAAGGUGGCCAAGGACUUCGCGAAGGAAUACGACUACACGUUUGCCAUCUCGUCCAAGGAUGAGUUCCAACACGAACUCAACGAGUUUGGCAUCGACUUCGUCAAGGGCGACAAGCCCGUCAUUCUCGCUCGCGACGAGCGCAACCAGAAGUUCGCUCUCCAAGAAGAGUUCAGUCUUGAGGCCUUUGAAAUCUUCCUCAACGACUUGCAGGCUGGAUCUCUUGAGCCCUACCAGAAAUCUGAGCCUAUUCCCGAGGACAACUCUGGUAGCGUCAAAGUAGCAGUUGCCAAGAACUUCGACGAGGUCGUGACGAACAAUGGCAAGGACACGCUUAUCGAGUUCUACGCUCCAUGGUGUGGACACUGCAAAAAACUUGCUCCCAUCUUCGAUGAAUUGGGUGACAAGCUCGUCGAUGAGGACGUAGAGAUCGUCAAGUUCGACGCGACCGCCAACGACGUUCCGCAGCCCUACGAGGUUCGCGGUUUCCCUACGCUGUUCUGGGUGCCAAAGGAUUCGAAGGAUAGUCCAGUUAAGUACGAGGGUGGCCGAGAUCUUGACGAUUUUGUCAAGUACAUUGCCAAGCACGCUACCAAUCCUCUGAAGGGAUACGAUCGCAGCGGAAAACCGACCAAGGCCCCACAAGACGAGCUGUAAAGAAAUUCUUCCUCCGUCGUACGAUUGAGAAGUGGCGAAUUCAUGAACGUUCGUGCUGUAUUUAUGCUGGCGUUUCAUUGUGAUUUCAAGAGCUUUCUUAUGCAAUAACUUUCCGUGUUAUUUCAUAAUUUUGUGAUUUGGCUAAAGAAAAACGGAAAACUUCAUUACGAGAUUUCGGAGCUUCAUUUUCAUUAUCUAAAUUGCUGCAGAUUUUUCUAGUUUUCAACAUAGCUCCGAGGUUUUCUUAGCGAAUAAAAAAAAUUCCAGCGCGAGCUACUUUUUGAAAGUUAUUAAUACCACCUUGAGUAUAGCAAGAAAAAAGCCUACCUCCUAUCGUAUAAACUCAUUCCAGUUUCUUGCAAAAAUUGCAUUUCUCGUGUAAAAAAGCUGGGACGAUCAUUCCUGCCGAAGCUGUGCUUUUUGUUUUUUCAAUGUAGCGCCAAUCUAUCACACUGUCAUGCCAAGGACAAGAUCGAAUGAUACUAUGUAACAAGAGCUCGCAAAAAUCGUUUUGUGUGGAAGUGGUACCAUGAAAUUAUUGCUAUAUUGUAUUUGCCGAAUGAAUGUCAAACCAAGGAGUGUAUCUUCUUAAUGCUUCUCAGAUAAGAAAAUGACAAAAAGCACGUCAUCGCUAAAUGUAUUUGAAUUUUAACGAGGUACGAGUGAUGGGUGAAAAUUUUUAAGAAUACCGCAUUUUAUAGAUAUAUUUUCCCAGAUUAUGCAAUGAGAUUACUUUUGGAAAAUUAUACCGUCAAUCGUAUAUAUUUUGUUUCGCGCGCGAGCGCGUCUGAUUAUAAAAGUAAGUCUUAACGAAUGCAUUCAAUUAUGUUUAUACAGAAGUCAAUAAAUUGUUUUAUAUGAAAAAUAAUACUUUGAUUUUUUUAAGCCUACUUUAUGUUCUAUGCAUACAUUAUGUUCUGCGUAAAAGCCCCAGAUUUGAUAAGUGUACAGCAUUUAAAAUUUCUUUUUUUUUACGUUCGAUAGUAUAUUAUAGCACUUAAUUAUCUCCCAAGUUUUCUGCAGGAACUAUUACAAUAAUUAUCUUGGGCUUCACGCAACGCAAGAAAUAAUUAAUGACCGAUGCGUAUGCGUGAAAGUAAAUUUAUCAAUUGAAAAAUUGAGAUGGGAAAUAUUAAAGUGGUAUUCUCGAAAAAUUAUAUUUCACAAGUAUUGAAGAAAAAGAAGAAAAAUAUAAACUGAAAGCGGCCAAGAGUACUUAUAGUCUAAAGUCUACUGUCUAAAGUCUAAAACUGUGUUAUCAUUCCUAAUUCUUGGUUCCUCGUCCAAGUUCCAGUUCCGUGCGGCACUCUUACUUAUAUAAAAAGAGCGAUCAGCGAAGGAGCGUACCGUGCGUGUUGAAACAUGAGCCAUGCGCAUCAAAGGCCAAAAGCCAACGCAACUCCCCCUUCCGUCGCUUGCCUCAACCAACGAACCAGCCCAUGCCAAAUGCCAAUUUGCCAUCAGAGCAGAAUACGACGGGGAGGACGAGACGAGGACGGCGGCGGCAGAAGGCGGACGGCCUAUAUAUAUAUCGGACAUCGGAACAGCGCGCGACAGACAGGCUCUGUACUUACUUACGUCUUUUUUUUGUUCGUCUCGUCGUCGCCGUCGCUGCUCAUCUCGACUCUCGUGGAGAAGAAGACUCGAGCGACGAGUUCGAGCCGGAGCCCAUAAGUAGUUUUCAGUGCGCGCGUCCGAGAGUGCAGCGGAGAGUCCUCCCAGCAGCGCACGUACAACUUCUGCGCGUCCGAACCGUCGAGUUCUUGUUUAUCGGAGACCAAGGCUAAAAAUCAUGACUCACCAGAUAGCGAGUCUAGACCCUGGAUCUUCUCUUUCUUCAAACGACACAUUUGCAGGAAAGGCGUAUGAAGCGGUCCGAGUCAGGGCCGUAUUUUGUCCCAUGCACGGCCAAACUCUGGCCUCGUGAAUCGUUACGUGGCCUGAAAUUCGACACCCGGCAGGCAUGUUCUUUUCAUCUUUCUUUAUAGGCUUGAGAAAGCUUCCAGAAAAAUCUCACGUUCCACGUCUGCUCGGCUGCGCUUCUGCUCUCAAUGCGGACAUUGCGCGAGUUUGUUGUGUCGAUGUGAGAUUGUGCUUACGCGUGUUGGCGUGUACACGGUAGUACGGCGUGUUGUGAUUGGGCCGCACGUUUUUCGCGCAGGACUCCCCGAUUGUUUUAAAAAUCGAAAAUUGCGACAGGCACGCGCAAGCCGCGGCUUUUUGAUUGUUGAGAUUAGAUGCGAUUGGCAUAGCCACUCACUGCGCAAUCAACUGCUGAUGUUUGGAAAUCCGAAGAAGCACGUCGCUGAUUUUGUAACAGCUGAGACUCAGUGUUGACAAUUUUUGUAAAAUGCCCACGUUAUAAUUUUCCUUGGAAUUCAACAACAAAUUUUAUUUUUUUCCAGUCUAUUAUGCAAUCUUUUGCUCUAUUUCUCAUAGCUAACUUUUAUGGAUGGCUUAUCUACUGCUUUUGUUGACUUCCUUAAUGAGCACCCAUUAUCAAUAAUUAUCUCGCACUAUACGAGUGAAAAGUGAGAAAAAAUUACGACUGUAUUUCUCUCUCCGAAACAUGAACCUUAUAGUUACAAAAUGAAUGAGUUCAUGUAGGAUUUGAAAAUUGCCAUAUCAACCCUCUGGAUUUACAUCUUUGCUCACAUUUAUCAUUUUUAACGAGAGUUGUUUAAAUCAGGUCAUUGACAUUAUACAUGCGUACUAUAAAAUUCACAACGAUUGAUAGUUGAACUUUAUCCAAGAACAUUACUUGGCGUGGAAACAGGGGGUAAUCAACGUGAACUGGCUCGUGCCAAAAACAUGAAAAAAAGUGGCAAGAAGGCAGCUGCCGAGCAAGAAAGUAACAAGGGCCUCACCCUUGAACAAAGAAAGCAAAGAGAUGCAGAGAGAAUGAGAGAAAAACAACUGAAAAAGCAACAAGAUGCUGAGAUGUCAAAACAGGCUGUAAAAUAACUAACCAGAAAACUAAUUUGAAAAUCAGUUUAAAGAAAAAUUAUCCAACUAUAAUUCUGACGCAAAGGAAUUUUCAUUUAUUAGUAACUUCUUGUGCAGCUUUGUAAACACUGAAGAACAAAGGUGCACACGAAGCUAUGAUGUACGGUUUCCAAUCCAGCAUUAUUAACUUUUACAAGCCGUACAAAACAUGACAAGUGCUAUAGCCUAUAUGAAUUAUUAUCAUAAACUGUUCAAUAAUAGAUAUUGUGAAUAAAAUCAUUGAUGCGAGUUGAAUUCUUGUGCAAGCAAGCACUUUAGAUUUAGGAGUUGUGUUUGAGAUGCGACGAAUGUACCUUAUCAAUGAGUUUGAAAACUUGUAAAUGUGAAUCUUCGAUUAAAUGAACUUUGUGAUUAAUUUCAAUAAUGUCUGGUGCGUGUGCUGAAUGUUAUAUUUUAGUCAAUCAAUCUUAACUCACAAUAAAUCUAUCAAACGUUAAAAUUUUAAUAGAAAAAAUGUA